AUGGCGGCGGCUCCGGGCGGGGAGAGGGAGAGCGGCCGGGGGGGCGGCGGGGCCACGUCGGAUCAAAUCCUGCAGACGGGAGCGGUUCUGCUGCACGGGUUCAUCCGGGACCGGGCCCAGCGCUGCGGGGACUCCCAGGCCGUGGAGCUGAGCCGGGCAGAGCUGGGGGGGCCGGAGCCCCCCCCCUGCGACGAGAACACCAAGCGGCUGAGCGAGUGCCUGCGGCGGAUCGGGGACGAGCUCGACAACAACACCGAACUGCAGAGUAUGAUUGACCGGGUGGGGGCCCACGCCCCCAAGGACGUCUUCUUCCGCGUGGCCGCCGAGAUGUUCUCCGACGGGACCUUCAACUGGGGCCGGGUCGUGGCGCUUUUCUACUUCGCCUGCAAGCUGGUGCUCAAGGCUCUGUGCACCAAGGUCCCCGAGCUGGUGCGGACCAUCGUGGGCUGGACGUUGGAGUACCUCCGGGAUCAUGUGCUGGCCUGGAUCCAGGCCCAGGGAGGAUGGGACGGCCUCCUCUCCUACUUCGGCACGCCCACCUGGCAGACCAUCACCAUCUUCGCUGCUGGCGUGCUCACCGCCUCCCUCACCAUCUGGAAGAUGUCGUAGGGCGGGGGUGGGGUGCGCU